UCAAAGUGACAUCUCCGUGCUUCGAAUCUCCUUGCGAACGGUCAACCGGUCACUCUCCGUUCUAUCUCCUCUCCCUGCUUCCGUGACAUGAUACCCAGCUGACAGGUCACAGCCCUCCCUCUUCAACUCCCUCGACCACUACCAGCCCCAAUCACCCUAUGUCUCCAAAGUCCAUCCUUAUCACUGGCUCCAGCGCAGGCGGUCUAGGUGGCGAGCUCGCCAAACAGUUCCAUGCCAGAGGGUUCUUUGUGAUCGCCACGGCGCGAAAUCUCGAUUCUAUGCAGGAGCUCACAGCACUUGGGAUCACGACUCUUCAGCAAGAUGUCAUCGACGAGAAAAGUAUUCAAGUAAUCAAGGCAAAAGUCACUGAGCUCACGGACGGGAAGCUUGAUAUUUUGAUCAAUAACGCUGGCGUUUCAUAUCCCUACGCAGCAGCCGAUAUAUCUUUGCAAACUGCUCGGGCCGUCUACGAAGUCAACCUAUUCUCCGUCAUGGCCAUGGUUCAAGCAUUCUUACCACUUCUGAUCGCCUCUGGCGACGCGAGGAUCGUCAAUAUGGGCAGCACAGCGGCCGUUGCUCCUGUCCCAUUCGGAUGUGUGUACAAUUCGAGCAAAGCUGCACUUCACUCGUACAGUGAUACACUCCGCAUCGAACUUGCUCCGUUCAAUAUUAAAGUUAUCACGAUUGUACCAGGUCUGUUCACGAGCAACCUAACAAAACCGUGGCAUCGUGUACCAGAAGGCUCGAUCUAUACACCCAUCGCACAACAAUAUAAAGAGCGCCGGAUCGAAAAAUUCACAGAUGGUGCCAUGCCCCGCGAUGAGAUCACUCGCAACAUCAUAGACCAAGUUCUAAAGUCAUCUCCACGCGCUUGGUACUGGGAUGGUACUAAUUCGUGGUUGAUUUGGUUCCUCGGUACAUUCGGCGGGAGAAAAGCAUUUGAUGGAAUUUUGAGUCGUAAAUUUGGUUUGGCUGAUCUUGCUCAGAUACGCCAGGCAGAACAGACGAAGCGCUCAGCUUGAAAACGGGGAGACUGAAUAGUUUGAAUACAGUAG